UAGUGUUUAUGUAAUGCAGGUUAUUUCUUUCGUUGCUAUUUAUCUCAUCACAGGAAUUAAACUGGGAAUGAAAACUUGGUUUAGGCAACUGUGAACACUGCCAAACCCUGGCAGCAAGCCUUGGUUCCAAGGGUGAACCAGGAAACAGCACAUGAGUGCAUACACAGUGACCCGAGGACAGCUGGCACUUAUCAGUGCUGUCCUCGCCUUCCCUGGGGGUGAAAGGCCAUGACAGAAUACAAUAGCCAUAGGAACACGUUGAAUCAGCUCCAGAACUAAUCUAGGAUUUUAACUUUGCAGUUCAGGAGCCUUCAGACUCUUAUCUCCUUCUCUCUUCUUUUUCACAGAGGCGUCCAUGAGGCUGAUAAAUGGCAGAAACAGAUGCGAAGGGCGCGUCGAAAUCUACUAUCAGGGAAGCUGGGGGACCGUAUGUGAUGAUUUCUGGGACAUAAAUGAUGCGCAGGUCGUCUGCAGGCAGCUGGGAUGUGGAAAUGCUCUCUCUGCACUGGGAAAAGCACAUUUCAAUCCAGGGACAGGGGAUAUUUUCCUGGAUGAUGUGCAAUGCCAUGGAAAUGAAUCCUACCUGUGGGAAUGCUCUCACAGAGGAUGGGCCACACAUAACUGUGGGCACAGAGAAGAUGCUGGCGUGCGUUGCUCAGCUUCCAGGGGAGCCAGAACACCUGAAGUAGCUCUGCGCCUGGAGAAUGGUGGCAAUCGAUGUGAGGGACGUGUGGAAAUGUUUUACAAAGGACAGUGGGGAACAGUCUGUGAUGAUCGGUGGGAUAUCGACGAUGCUCGGGUUGUCUGCAGACAGCUGGGC